UUAAUAAUCGCCCUUGUCAACAGAUUGUCGUCGUCUCUCCUCCCUUAUCUCCCUCUUCACUUCUCCCAAUCCCCCAAACCCCCUUCCAACUCUCCCCCGCCAAGCCCCUCCAAUGCGUACUCCUCUCCCUGCUCUCCUCGUACGUAUCGCCCUCAGACCAGUACACCUAUCUCGAACCGCGAUUUUGCCUUCGCCAGUGAACAACAACAAGAGUGUGAUUACAAGGACCAUGUCCGCUGCUGCCUCCACUUCUACUUCAAGGGGUAGAUCGCCUACCCGUGUCCCCGGCCCUGUUGAGACUACCAUCCAGCAAAAAAUUAUCGAAGCGUUCAAUCCUGUCUUGUUGAGGGUGUAUAACGACUCGCAUAAACAUUCCCACCAUGCUGCUAUGCGUGCGCAAGGAGGCGGGAGCGGUGAAACUCAUUUCGCGAUCCAUCUCGUAUCCGAAUCAUUCAAAGGCAAAACCGCCAUCGCCCGACAUCGGAUGGUCAACGCUUUGCUCAAACCUGAAUUUGAUGAGCGCGGUUUGCAUGCUCUGAGUUUGAGGUUGAAGACGCCGGAAGAAUGGGAGAAGGAAGGUGGUGGGGAGAUGAGAUGAGAUGUGGCGCCUUUUGCAAGUCUUCUUCUCUUCCCUUGCCUUUUCCUCGUAAUGGACAAAUAUCGGUGAAUGAGGGCUGAAAGGUUGUCUAUGACCAAUUAGAUUGUUU